AUGCAUGUUAAAGACCACGCCAUUACCGAAAUACAUCCCCUGAGCGAUAGUGAUGCCUUCAUUGUGUCUGUUCAGCCUCCACAGGUCCCAGAACAUGGUCUCCAGCGUGGAACCUGUGAUAUCGUGCUUGUUAUCGAUGUGUCUGGAAGCAUGUCAUCUGCGGCACCCCUUCCAGAUGCAGAGGACGAUAAUGAGAGAGAGGCUGCUGGAUUGAGUGUUCUCGACCUUGUGAAACACGCCGCAAGAACGAUCCUUCAGACCCUGGGCGACGGUGACAGACUGGGUAUUGUGACGUUUUCGGACGAUGCAAAGGUCGUGCAAGAACUCACAUUCAUGAAGCCCGCCGAAAAGCAGGCGACAUGGAGGAGGAUUGAGAACCUCCGCGAUGAAGCCUGCACAAACCUUUGGGCCGGCAUUCGUACUGGGCUGGAGUUGUUCUCCAGAUCGCCACUUGCGAAUAACAUACAAGGCCUCUAUGUUCUAACUGAUGGAAUGCCAAAUCAUAUGUGUCCGAAGCAAGGCUAUGUCGCCAAACUCAGUCCCAUGCUAGAGUCCGCAGCCCGCGAGAGGCCCAUCGUACCCACCAUUCAUACCUUUGGAUUCGGCUACCAGAUCCGCUCCGAAUUGAUGCAAUCGAUCGCAGAGGUGGGUGGGGGAAAUUACGCAUUCAUCCCUGACGCAGGUAUGAUUGGAACUGCAUUCGUGCAUUCGGUUGCCAAUCUGUACACAACAUUCGGCAUGUCUUCCACGUUGGAGAUCAAACUUUCAAGGGACAUUGCGGUAGAAACGACAUCAGGAAUGACUCUGACUGCUGGAAAUGGAGGAUAUCUUAUGCAUCUGGGUAACAUCCAAUACGGGCAGUCUCGGGACCUGGUGUUCGUGUGCCCAAAGGGUAUCCCUGAAGACACAGUCAUGACUGCAACGCUGAGCUACAAAGCCGCCAGCGGGGCUUCCCGGGGCUUCCAGAGCCGUGCAGUCUUUUCGGACAAGACGGUGAUGCCUCAAAUCUGGGUCGAGUACCACAUGCGCAGAGCUCAAAUUUGCGGAUUCAUAUCCUCUCUCUUCCCCUUGAAGAAUAACGGCGAGCGUACGACCACCAUGGACAGAAAUUCGUUGAUCGAAGCACGGGCAAAUCUGAACACUAUCGCCAGCUCCAUGGAUCAAUCUCCCAACAAAGAUGCAGUCGGGCCCAAAUCGCUCCUCGAUGAGAUCGUGGGUGACGAACCAGCAGGUCAAAUCUCCAAAGCCCUCACUUGGACUACAACCAAAACCUACUGGCAAAAAUGGGGUCGCCAUUACCUGCCCAGCCUGCUCCAUGCGCAUGAGCGUCAAAUGUGCAAUACAUUCAAAGAUCCCGGGCCAUUGCUCUACGGCAAAGACAGCCCGCUCUUCAUCAAAUACCGCAACGAGCUGGAUGCCGCUUUUGAUAACCUCCCGGCACCGAAGCCAUCUCGUCCGCCGAGGGUUGUGUACACCUACAGUCCCACUGGCGAAGUGACGGGUACAAGAACCAUUGCGCACCGAAAUGUCAGUAUGAGACGCUACAAUACGAGCGCGACGCCUUGCUUCGAAGGCAACUGCUUGAUUUUGAGGGGCGACGGAACGACCAAGACGCCAGUCAAGAGUCUCAAGGCAGGGAUGAUGGUAUGGACGCCCAUGGGUCCACGAGCAGUCCGUGCGGUUUUGAAGACCAGAGUUGGCGGCCAAGCGCAGAAGCUGUGCCGAGUGGGCGAGUUGCUAGUGACGCCAUGGCAUCCGAUCAAGUACGAUGGACAAUGGCGCUUUCCGAACGAUAUCGCUGAAAGCAGCAUGCCGUUCAAGGGGAGCGUCUACUCUGUACUCCUGGCGCCGUUCCACCACUCAGACGGCCACGCGGUCGAAGUCGGAGGUCAAAUUUGUGUCACGUUGGGUCAUGGCCUCGUCAGAAGCAGCGAAGACGACAUUCGCGCGCACAAAUUCUUUGGCAAUUACCAUCAAGUUGCGAUGAACCUGUGGCGGCUUCCAUGGAAGAAGGGUCAUUUCAGAUGUGGUGGGAUGCUCCGAAGCGCGAAGACCGGCCUAGCUUGCCGAUUUCUGAAGCCAUCCAUAGUUAAUAGGGGCGUCACAAAGACUGUGUGGGUUGGGAUGAAGAUGAGAUGCGUUGGCUGA